AUGACAAAGGUUAUUACUAUCAAGUCUUUUGAAGACUCAAGCGGUUACCAACACUGCUAUAUCUGCUAUAAGCACCAGUACCUACUCAGAAACUCUUCCCAUCCCAAACACUGCAAGCAGGGGAUUCCCUACGGUCAGUUCCUACGUCUAAGACGCAUCUGCUCAAGCACACCCAGAUUCAAGGAAAAGGCUGCAGAAUUCCGGCAACACUUCCAGCAAAGGGGCUAUGAAGAAGCCCUACUGGACGACGCCAUCACGCGUGCACAAGAACGCCCCCGCGAAGACACACUGAAGGAAAAGGGGCCGACACCACCACAAGAACGUACAGUCCUGGUCACCACAUACAGUCCACACCUUCCGCCACUACAAACCAUCAUCAGAAAAUACUGGCACCUUCUGCAACUCUCCACAAGAACCAAGGACAUAUUCAAAGAUUCACCACUGUUUGCCUAUCGCCGCAACAAAAACAUAAAGGAUCUCCUAGUAAGAGCCCAGAUCCCGAAGGAGGACAAGAACUUCCUGAAAAAAUUCACUCCUUCGGGGUCCUUCCCGUGCGGAAGAAACAAGUGCUCCACUUGUACCCACAUCAAGAAGAUCAACUACUUCACAAGCCACCGCACGGGAGAGCGUCAUCUCAUCAGGAAACACAUCAAUUGCCAAAGCAGAAACAUCGUCUAUCUCAUCCAAUGCAAGAAAUGCGGGCUACAAUAUGUGGGCGAGACCAAACAAACGUUGGCCAAUAGACUGAACGGCCAUCGAUCAUCCAUCAACACGAAGAAGGACACUCCGGUAUCAGCCCACUUCAACCUCACAGAUCACAACAUUGCAGACCUUGAAGUUCUUGGAAUCGAAAAACUACGCUACACAGGACAUGAAGACACCACAAGACAACGCCGCCUGCAACGGGAGUCCUACUGGAUUCAUCAACUCAGAACACUACAUCCAGAGGGCCUGAACCAGGAGUCCUUAGAGAUCACCAGGGUUUGAAGAGCAGCAUCUCGUCGUGACCGUCACCCAAUGAACACUCAAUCGCCACAUUAGCCGGUCACUAGCAUCCUACCAUCCACAUGGAACGGAUCCGAGACGCGACAGACUCCACCUGAGGACAACUCUACAAAGGACGGCUGGGGCCAACUCCUCUCCACACGGCAAGCUAAGACUACAGCAUAUUUACUAUUGUCUCUUUUGUAAUAGUCACAGCCAUGUAUGCAUAGACAAGUCUUGUUUUUACCUCUGUACAAGUGCUCAUAGUUAGCCGUACCGCACUCCAUGUCUGUAUCUCCCGCCUAACGGAUGAUGUCAUAGAACAAAGGGCAUAGGGCACUAAAUGUAACCUGAUUGGCCAGUAGAACAAUCGUCUAUGAGACGAACUACCUUAUUGGUCAGGAGAACAAUGGACUACGCUCAGAGCGCCCUGACCUGACUAGACAUAGGCUCUGAUUGGCCAAAUCUAGUUAGUGCAAAACGAUAUGCUGUAAGCUGAUUGGCCACUGAACCCAAUACUCUGAUUGGCCAUACAGCCAGUGCAAGAUGACAUCCCAUAAGCUGAUUGGCCGGGAGAACAAUGGACCACGCUCUGAUUGGCCAGAUCUAUCCAGUGCAUAACGAUAUCCUGUAAGCUGAUUGGCCAUUGAACCCUAUACUCUGAUUGGCCACAUAGCUAGUGCAAUAUGACAUCCUGUAAUCUGAUUGGCUAUCUCCUGCCCUAACUGCUCAGGGCACCCUGCCCUAACUAGAGUAGAGGCUAUAAAAGCCAGUGCGGUACCACUCUCUUGUCAUUCUGAUGAAGACUUUUGAAUAAAAGGUCGAAACCGGUAAA